UCCCUAAGUUUUUUGGAGAGAGUGAAAGAUGAUAAAAAUCCUCUUCACAUAUUUAUAUUUAUAAAAAAACAAUAGUAAUAAAUAAAUAAUAUCAUUUUUUAUAUAUAUAGAUAUAUGGAUGAGAAUGAGAUUCCUAUCAUGCAGAAACGGAAAGCUUAAAAAAAGGGUGAGAGAGAAAAGAGAGAGCGAGAGAGAGAGAGAGAGAUUGGGGAAAUUUGCGAUAAUCGAAGCUUUAGAGUAAUGUGAAUUAGGGUUUUUCUUUUUCUUUUUUUUUUUUGGGUUUUGAAAUCUUCGUCAGAGAUUGUGUGUUGCCGAAAUUUCCGGGAGCGAAAGAAUCGGGUCGGAUUUUGAUCAACUCAAAGGGAAUAGUUUUGUGUACUGCAUAUUCUAUCAAAUGGUGUUCAGAGAUUCACUUAAGGAGUCAAAGAUGAAAGUAGAACGGCCAGAACAUGAAUCACCAGUAAUUGCUGGUUUGCAAGGUCAUGUCUUGUUGCAGCCUCCACUGUCUUUUACUCACUGUCUGAGAGUCUCGCAAGAUGAAUGGUGUCUAUUGGCAUUUAUUCUCUUGGCUAAUAAAACUAAUAAGAAAGGUGUUGGGCAAGGUUUAAUGGACAAGGAAGUGCAUGCUUUAACUUUUGGCUAUAUAGGACUAAAUGGAAAGAGACCUAUAAUUGUGACAAGUUCUGGAGAAAAUCAUGAUGGACAAGCAUCAGAUAACAGUCUCCUACCAGGUCUUAAUGAUGACAUGGCACUGGACAUUCUUGCCUGGAGCAGCAGAUCUGAUUACCCAAAUCUGGCCUGUUUAAACAGAAAAUUUAGGUCACUAAUAGGCAGUGGAUAUUUAUAUAAACUGAGAUGUCAGCGUGGCAAAAUUGAGCACUGGGUUUAUUUAGCCUGUAAUAUGAUGCCUUGGGAAGCUUUUGAUCCUAUGAGACAGAAAUGGAUGAGGCUACCUAGGAUUCCAUGUGAUGAUUGUUUUACUUGUGCUGAUAAGGAGUCUUUGGCAGUGGGGACUGCAUUACUUGUGUUUGGUCGUGAGUUGUCUGGAUUUGCUAUUUGGAUGUAUAGUUUGAUUACCCAUGAUUGGUCCAGAUGCCCGUUAAUGACUUUGCCUCGAUGUUUGUUUGGUUCUAGCAGCCAUGGGGAGAUUGCCAUUGUAGCUGGGGGAAGUGAUAGGAAUGGCAAUGUUCUAAAAUCUGCUGAGCUCUACAAUUCCGAACUGGGUACUUGGCAAACCUUGCCAGAUAUGAACUCCCCUCGUAAACUGUGUUCGGGCUUUUUUAUGGAUGGGAAAUUUUUUGUCAUUGGGGGCAUGUCAAGUCAUACUGAUAGUUUGACUUGUGGUGAAGAGUACAAUAUUGAGACAAGGUCAUGGAGGAGGAUAGAAAAUAUGUACCCUGGACCCAAUGCAGGUCCAUUUCAUCCUGCCAUGCGUUCACCUCCCUUAGUUGCUGUUGUGAAUAAUCAGCUUUACUCUGCAGAUCAAGCAACUAAUGAAGUGAAGAAAUAUGACAAGUUUAAUAACUCUUGGAGUGUUGUGAAGAGACUACCUGUUAGGGCUGACUCUUCCAAUGGUUGGGGACUAGCAUUUAAAGCAUGUGGUAACAGUUUACUAGUAGUAGGAGCUGGAGGACAUGGAGGGCGUGAUGAUAGAGUAAUUGUUCUGCACUCUUGGGAUCCAGAGGAGGGAAACAGGUAUGAACCAGAGUGGAAUGUGCUUGCUGUCAAGGAUCGAGCAGGCGCUUUUGUGUACAAUUGUGCAGUAAUGGGUUGUUAAUGAUUUGCCACAGAUCUUUGGUGCAAACAUCGACUGCUGGAAGACCAGCGAGCCUUUAUCAGUUAUGGUUUCUAUAUUCUCAGUGUCAUUAAUUUGUUCUUGUUGUUUUUGUACCUCAUUUAUGCUUCUUCAGAAGAAUAAUUGACCUUAAAUCAAUUUCCGAAAGUUGGCAACUGAUUGUUUACAUCACAUUACUGAAAGCUUUGACUGUUGCCAUUUCUCUUCUACUUUUGCAUUGAAUUCAUUUCUUUGAAUGUUACAGUAUAAUUCUUCGUUCUGGAUUCAAA